AUGCUGUGGCUUCUUUUACUAUUCCAAUUAAGUCUUGGUGAUCUAACAUACUGUGAAGUACCUGAAUUCACAUUUAAACCAGUUAGUGGAUAUAAACCAGUAUUACUUCAAAUGGUAUUUAGACAUGGAGACCGAUCUCCAUGGUUAACAUAUAAAGGUGAUCAAGCCACAUACGACUGUGAUAUUUCACAACAAGUUAGAUUUUUGUCUGCACAAGGAAUGGAAUCAUAUGAAUUUCAUCAUAUUAAAACUGAAGUAGAUAAAGAAAAAAUGGUUUUUGCUAAAGAUAAUAUGUAUGGUGGAAGUUGUCAAAUGGGACAAUUAACUCGUAAAGGUCUUAACCAACUCGCCACAUUAGGAGAUAAAGUUAGAGCUAGUUAUGUUGGAGAUAAUAACUUUUUACCAACAUACAUGAAUAUUAGUGAUAUUUAUGUUCGUUCUACUAAAGUUUGGAGAGUUAUUCAAAGUGCUGAAUCAUUCCUUCAACAUUUAUAUCCAUCAUAUAGUCGUGAUCCAGAUGCAAGAAUUAGAGUUAAUACAGUUCCAUCAGAAAUUGAAUACGCUGUAUACAAUGAUUAUGGAAUGUGUCCUAGAGAAGCAGAAUUAGAAAAAGAGUUAUUUGAUAAAUGGUUUGUAGACGAAUUAGAUUUAAGACACAAAGAACCAUAUGCAUCUAUUCUUGCCAAAGCAGAAAGAUUUUUUGGUGUAUGUAAUUAUAAUUGGUAUGAUGCAUACUUUGAUAUUUUACAAGAAAUUCAAUGUAAUAAAUUAGAAUGGCCUUGUAUCGAUACUGAAUCAGGAGAAAAAGAAUGUUUUACUGAAGAAGAAUUUAAUAAAUUAGUUGAAUUAGUUUAUCAUGAUGGAGUUUAUCGAUUCUUUGAUAAUGAUACUAUUCCAUUGGCACGUCUUGAUGCUGGAUGGUUCUUAAGAGAUAUUCUUAGUUUCCAACAAAUGAAACAUGAAGGUAAAACCAACGUUAAAUAUACUCAUUUCCAUGCUCAUGAUACAACCAUUUAUCCAUUAGUUUCUUUGUUAGAAGGUGAUUAUUCAUCAUGGCCACCAUAUGCAUCAUAUAUUAUAUUUGAAAUGUAUGAAAAAGACUCAGAGUAUUAUAUUAGAGUUGGUUAUAAUAAUAAACUCUUAGAUCUUAAUUUCUGUUCAAAAGAUGAAAAUGGAAUGUGCAAAUGGAAAUCUUUCUUUGAUCAUAUGAGUAAAAAGAUUCCUAAAAGCUCUGACUGUAAUGCUCAAAAUCAGUAA